CACCAGCAUCAUGGCUUUCCUUCAGCUCUUCUCUUGCCUGGCCUUUAUGGCUGCAGCCUCAGGCUGUGGCAUCCCAGCUAUUGAGCCGGCCCUAUCUGGUCUGGCCAGGAUUGUCAAUGGCGAAGAUGCUGUUCCUGGUUCUUGGCCUUGGCAAGUCUCUCUGCAGAGAUCAGGUUCCCACUUCUGCGGGGGGUCCCUCCUCAGUGAGAACUGGGUGGUCACAGCUGCUCAUUGCGGUGUCAGGACAAGUGACAAGGUAGUUGCUGGGGAAUUUAACCUGAACUCUGAUGAGGAAGACAUCCAAGUUCUGCAGAUAGACAAGGUCUUUAAAAACAGCAAGUAUAACACAGUCACUGUUAGCAAUGACAUCACCCUGCUGAAGCUGGCUACACCUGCACGCAUCCAGGAGAACGUGUCCCCUGUGUGCCUGCCCACUGCCAGUGAAGAUUUCCCUUCAGGCACCACCUGUGUUACAACUGGCUGGGGCAAGACCAGAUAUACCGCCCUCACAGUCCCAGAUAAGCUCCAGCAGGCAGCUCUGCCCCUGCUGUCCAACGCUGAAUGCAAGCAGUACUGGGGAAGCAAGAUCAAAGACACCAUGAUCUGUGCCGGUGCCAGUGGUGUUUCUUCCUGCAAGGGUGACUCUGGUGGACCCCUGGUUUGCUUGAAUAGAGGUGCCUGGACCCUGGUUGGUGUUGUCUCCUGGGGAAGUGGUGUCUGUUCCACCACCACCCCUGCUGUGUACACCCGAGUCACUGAACUCCUGCCCUGGAUUGAUGAAAUCCUGACUAACAACUGAGCUGCUCACAGGCUGAAGAAAACUCUUCCCUUCCCUCACCUCCAAUAAAUAUAUCUGUGCAGGAUC